CCUGGAGGAUGGUUCUCUUCCACAUUUUUACAUCAGUCUUUCCUCGCCACCUGUUCCCUCUAUACACGCGCUCUGACGCAAAGUUGCUUUUUCAGAGUUUGGUACAACGUCGAUCACAAUGGGCUCCGUUACUUAUGAUUACCUCAUUGUAGGGGGCGGCCUCGCUGGCUGCGUCCUUGCCAGUCGAUUGCACCAAUAUGACGAAGAUGCCAAAAUUGUCCUCAUCGAAGCUGGUCCUGAUACUCGCACGCGCCCUGACACCCUUAACCCUCAGACGUUAAACCUUGGCGGAGACUUGGACUGGAAAUACGAAUCUGAGCCGAUCCCCGGGUAUCUCAACCGAACCAUCCCCGUCAACGCUGGAAAGGGAUUGGGUGGCGGCUCAUCUAUCAACUCCGGCGGUUGGACUCGCGGUUCCUCUAUUGAAUAUGAUGAGUGGGCCGCUCUCGUAUCCGACGAGCGUUAUAGCUAUGAGGGUCAGGUCCCUUGGUUCAAGAAGGCCGAGCACUGGUUCGACAACACGAACCCUGAGCAGCAUGGCCGAAAUGGACCGAUUCACAUUGUGUCUGCGCAGUCUGCGAACCGCACAUUCCCACUGAGCGAGCACGCUAUUGCAGGUUGGGAGGAGCUCGGUGUCAAGGCACUCCCCGGCUUGGACCAGAAUGCUGGCGACAACCUCGGCCGCGCUUACAUCUGCCAGGCCAGAAACAACGGCAAGCGUUCGUGGUCUGCAGGAGAAUACCCUCUCGAAGGAGUCGAGAUCCGCUUUAACACUUUCGUGAACAAGGUGGUCUUAGAGACUAGUGGCGAAAUACCCAAGGCUACGGGUGUUGAAUUGGCCGAUGGCACUAUUGUGCUGGCCAAGAACGUCGUUGCUGCCGCCGGAACAUUCCGUUCUCCUCAGCUCCUUCAACUUUCAGGGAUUGGAUCUGCUGCCGACCUGAAGGAGGUUGGAAUUGAGGCUGUCAUCGACCUCCCGGAGGUUGGUCAGGGUCUGACUGAUCAUACUUCUUUCUUUCAACACUGGCGUCUACGAGACCCUUCUGCAGGAUACACCCUCGGCUCCCCGAAUCCCCUCUUUGCCCAACCGCAGUACUCAGAUGGAGUGCCCAUGGACUGGAUUGUCUCCACUACUGUUCCCAAGGAGGGUCUCGCCGAGGCUAUCAAAAAGGAUGAGGGCAAGGAACCCGAUGCCGCUACCCACCCUUUCCUUAGCAAAACGCGUACUUUCCUUGAGAAUAUCGUGUUAUAUGCCAAGGUUCCUUUCGCUGGCGUCCAGUUCGACGCUGAGCAUAUGACAACCGCUGUUGUUAGCUUCUUGCCAACUUCAAGAGGUAGCGUAUCUCUCAGCUCCUCUAAUCCUGAGGAUCAGCCUAAGAUCAGCUUUAACUUCUUAUCCACUGAGGUAGACAAGUACGUCUUCCGCCAGGGUCUUCGGCAGCUAACCCAGUUCAUGCUGGGCCCCAAAUUUGGCCAGUUCAUCGAGGGUGAAUCAGUUCCGGCGGUCCUCGGCCUUGACCCUGUGACACUUGACGACAGUGACGAGAAGCUUGAUCUCAGGCUAGCUUCUGCCAGUUCCACGACAUGGCAUCCCGCUGGAACCUGCUCCAUGGGUAAGGUUGUGGAUACAGAAUUCCGGGUCAAGGGAGUCGAGGGUCUGAGGGUCGUUGAUGCUUCGGUUAUUCCCCUUGCCUUGAGCGCUCACAUCCAAGCACCAGUUUAUGCCCUUACUGAGCAAGCUGCUGCUAUUAUUGCUGGGAAGUCAUAAGAGGACGGUAGCAACAGAAUAACAAGCUGUGUUAGAUAAAGUAUCCGGUAGCUCAUCUGAUGAAGAGGCAUCUGAGCAUUCACGUUCCAACGUCUAUCCACUAGAAAGUGACUGUCUACCCGUAAUUUGGAGCCCAUUUGAGCAGUUAUUGUUGCAGC